GGCUCCACGAGUACUUGCGCCCUCCUGGUGCCCGUGAUCGGCGCGUCCAAGGACGUCUGCACGGAGUUCUUCUCGCGGAGGGGCGAGGCGGUUGAGGUGUUCAUCGCAGAGCGGAGCACUCGUGGCGUGCGAGUUGCUUGGAAGGAAGUGGACGAGAAGGUGGCGUCUUAUAAAAAAAGAGAAGUCCAGAGUGAACGUGCACCUGAUCGCAUUGUGACGCUUCAGGACUACAUGGAGGAACUCCAACUUGGGGAUCCAUACACUAAUGGCAAAGGCCGCCAAGUCGUGAUGCACGAAGGGCUGCAGUGCGUUCGCAUUCCUGGGCGCCUCGAGUGGAAGGUGAAGCAUGUUACCAUCCAGGGCGUCAGCCAGGUACGUACUCACCACGCCCCCCAGGACGCGAUCUUCCAAGGGCAACUCGACCGCGCCUUUGCAGGGUUGUCCACCAGCCUCUCCGCGGCGUUCUCUCGCCCGACAGGCGAGGCCGCGCCGUCCAUCUUUGCGAAAGCAUGUGCGCCGGCGCUGCCAGCGCCAGGGUCGCAGCCAACGCCGCCGCCGCCGCCGACGCCACCGUCGAGCACGACGCCCGACCAGCCGAACAUGUUCGGCGGCUUCACUGCUGGGUACAUCCCUGUGCUGGUCCCGGGCGGCGGCGCGCCUGCCGCAGAGGCGAAGGCUGCGUCGAAGACCGCGGCGAAGGCCGCGUCGAAGGGGAAGAAGCGCCGCCUCGCGUCGUCGGCAUCGUCGGGCAGCGCUGGCGCCGAGGAGACCGCCGAGGCGAAGAAGCGUGGCCCAGGCCGCCCACGUGCUAACAGGCGCACUGCGUUAUUGAAUCACUUGGAGGACUACCGCAAUUCGAACCAAUAUGAAAAGUACUUCGCAGUCCAGAACUUCGGAAGGCAGCUGACCAAAGCACUCAGCGAUUAUUCAGACACGAUCGUCCCAGAGGCUACCUACAACCAGGAGAUGGCCGCCGCCAAGGAGGCGGGCGGCGAGGAACCCGAGCUGUACAUUGACUCGGAUGAAGUGCAGGCGUUGAGGAAACAGGGGCAAGAGGCAUUGAGUAUGGCCAAAGCUUGGAUGAAGUCAGGUAGCUUUGACAAAGCCUUUGCGUCCGCCUACAAGAUUUCCCUUACGUUUCUGGCCACGCCGCCGCUUGCGAGCGUUCCUUUUCCACACUGGAUGUUGCAAGAGUUCAUUGCGAAGCAGGAGAAGAGGGGUCAGCAGGUCAGACGCCGCGUCCAGCCGAUCCAGCCCCCUUGCCAUUUCCUGGAGGCCGCGACCUUGGACGGACAGAUGUGGGCUCAGCUGGAGCCCAAGAAGCUGACCGAGGCAGGCUUCCCGACGCCAGAAGCACACCAUGCAAUGACUGUGGAUAUGGUGAAAAUGAAGAUAUCUAUGGUAUGCCAGGGGGACCCCAAGUUCCUUCAGCAGGACUUGCUCCGGCUCUCAUCCGCGCUGCCAGCCUGGGCGUCGGCGGAGAUCUCAGCGGACAUGUCGGCUGUGAAGACGGUCAUGUGCAUGCUCCAGGAGGACGUGGUUCCCGGCCCCGCCGAUUUGGAGGCAGCCCAAGAGUGUGUGACUGGAAUCUUUGAGAGCCGCUGGCCGAUGGCGGGGUCGUUACUCCAGUGGCCCAACGCCAAGAAGCUCAUGCGCGAUGUCCAGCAGGCAGUCUCUGGGCACGCAUUCGGCAUAGAUCUCCAGAAGCGCGCAAUGGCAGCAGUCGGCAAUGCCAGGGAGUAUUUCGCAAAGGACGCCUCGACCAUGGAUGUGGUCUCCCGCGCCGCCAGCGUCAUUGGCCACCUCGACCACAUCUGCCAGAUUUUGUCGGAGGCAACGCCGCUUGCCCAGAGGUGCAUUAGCCGCGAGAGCGUCGACAACGCAUUGUGCGAGUACAUGGCUUCCGGUGGGGACCUG